AUUAAACUUCACUUGGAAUUUAUCACUAAAAUCUCUAGUCAGAGAAACAAAUAAUAUUCAUUCUACAUAGUAUCAAAAGCAUAAAAAUUUCGACUAUUUUGCAGACACAUCAAUACUCUUCUUUUAGGCAUUUGCAGUUCUUAGUGACAAAAUUUGAAAAUGUGUUCUCGAGACCCGGCUUCCAAUCAACUAAUCGACUACAAGACCAACGAUUCCGAGGUUCAGAAAGAAUGUACCACGUCUGGAGGAGUAAGUAUAGGGGUUAAGGACGCCAUUCAGACGGUGGGACCACGGGGUCCGGCCUUGCUGCAAGACUUCGUUUUCUUGGAUGAGAUGAUGCACUUCGAUACCGAACGCAUACCGGAGCGUGUAGCCUAUGCCAAGGGGGCAGGGGCAUUUGGUUACUUUGAGUGUACCCACGACAUAACCAAGUUUUGUGCGGCCUCGCUCUUUGAGCGUGUGAGGAAACGGACAGCGAUCGCUAUGAGAUUUUCAGUUGCUUGCGGAGAGAGUGGCUCGGCCGAUACGGUGAGGGAGCAGCGGGGAUUCUCCGUCAAGUUCUACACGGAUGAUGGAAUCUGGGAUAUUGUUGGUUGCAAUAUGCCUGUAUACUAUGUAAGAGAUCCAUCUUUGUUUCCCAGCUUGGUCCAUGCCCAGAAGAGGAACCCACAAACCCAUCUUAGAGAUCGGGACAUGUUUUGGGACUUUAUGACUUUGCGCCCCGAAACACUGCAUGCUCUGGUGAUGUAUUUUAGUGAUCGCGGCACUCCGGAUGGCUAUCGUCAUAUGCAUGGUUAUGGAGCACAUACCUAUCGUAUGGUUAAUCCCAGUGGCGAGACAUACUAUGUCAAAUUUCACUUCAAAACGGAUCAGGGUAUAAAGAAUCUGGACUGCCGUCGCUGUGAUGAGCUGAGGUCCCAUGACCCCGACUAUGCCAUCAGAGAUAUGUACAAUUCUAUUAAAAAAUGCAAUUACCCCAGCUGGAGCAUGUUCAUCCAGGUGAUGCUCAAUGAGGAGGCCAAAAAGUGCAAGUUCAAUCCAUUCGAUGUCACCAAAGUGUGGCCUCAGAAGGACUUCCCCCUGUUGCCAGUUGGUAAACUAGUUCUCGAUCGCAAUCCGACCAACUACUUUACCGAGAUCGAACAGUUGGCUUUCAGUCCUGCCCACAUGGUGCCUGGGAUUGAGCCUUCUCCGGACAAAAUGCUCCAAGGACGUCUCUUUUCCUACGGGGACUCGCAGCGCUAUCGCUUGGGCACGAACUACAUGCAAAUCCCGGUGAAUUGUCCAUAUCGGGUCCAAGUGAGGAACUUCCAGCGUGAUGGUGCUAUGACUGUCAAUGAUAAUCAGAGCGGAGCCCCGAAUUACUUUCCCAAUUCCUUCUGCGGUCCCAAGGAGAGCUCCCGAGCUCUCGCCUUGCAGACCUGCUGUCCCGUUGCGGGCGAUGUCUAUCGGUACAUGAGUGGCGACACGGAGGACAACUACAGUCAGGUCACCGACUUCUGGACCUACACGCUGGACAAUUGCGGUCGCAAGCGUCUUAUCCGUAACAUGUCCGAGCACCUGUGCGAGGCCAGCCAGUUUUUGCAGGAACGUGCCGUCAAACUGUUCACCGCAGUCCACUCGGACUUUGGUCGUCUGCUGACAGAGGCCCUAAAUACAGCCAGGAUAUCCAAGUUGUAGGAGAUCCCAAGAUCAAAAAUUGAAAUUACUUAAACUGAAAAAUGCCUUUCGAUGUUUAUGGAAUUGUAUGUUCGUAUAGUUGGAAAAUAAACUACAAUAAUUGUGA